AAACAUAUUUAGCCAUCGACGUCGUUUGCGAACCAGACGCCAAGAUUUCCUCUCUGCAACCCAAGAUUUCAUCCUCGUUUUCAUGCAUCAAACCCUUUUAAUUUUUGUGCCUCUUCUUCAACUAAUUAAGGAUACAUACAUACCCUUCUUCAAGAACCCACCACUCCCCUUUUCUUCUCUCUCUCUCUCUCUCUCUAACAUGGGUAUUAGAAGUAAGAGUAUUAAGAGUUGUUUCAUUGUGAUAUUAUUUGUUAGACGUUUGAUGUCAAUGAUAGAGAAGCUAAGGAAGAGGCCAUGUCUUCCUCCUUCAUUGCCAGAGAAGCUUACAUCUCUGGACCUCGCCGCGAGGCUUCGUGUUGAUUCUGAAUCUAUUACCAUGGCCUCCACUGAUUUUGGUAAAAGAAGGAGAUUGAUUCCUGCUGCAGUUCUCUAUCCAUUAUCUGAGGUUGACAUUGUGAACCUCAUAAGAUCCUCUUAUGGUUCUUCUUCUCCUUUUAGUAUUGCAGCAAGGGGUCAUGGCCAUUCAGUUUGUGGACAAGCCAUGACUCAAGAUGGUGUUGUUGUAGAUAUGAGAGCUUUGAAUGGAUUAAGUGGUGGAAGGAUUAAUCUUUGUGGGUUAGCUUCUUAUGUUGAUGUGGGUGGAGAGCAGCUGUGGAUAGAGGUUUUGAAGGCAACCUUGGAGCAUGGGGUUGCACCUAGGUCUUGGACAGAUUACUUGUAUCUUACGGUGGGUGGUACCCUCUCUAAUGCAGGCAUCAGCGGCCAAUCCUUUCGUCAUGGCCCUCAGAUCAGCAACGUUUAUGAGAUGGACGUUGUUACUGGGCGAGGUGAGGUGGUGACCUGCUCAAGACACCUGAAUUCAGAGUUGUUUUAUGCGGUACUGGGAGGAUUUGGCCAGUUUGGGAUCAUCACAAGAGCAAGAAUCGCCCUAGAGCCAGCUCCAAGCAGGGUGAAGUGGGUACGUAUGCUCUACCUUGAUUUCCCUACUUUCACAAGAGACCAAGAGCAUCUGAUCACAAUCAAUGGAGAUGAAGCAGGGAAGAAGGGUUUGGAUUACGUGGAAGGUUCUCUUGUUAUGUUCCAGAGUCCUGCAAAUAAUUGGAGGUCCUCAUUCUUCUCCCAAACUGAUCAUUCCAGGAUUACUUCCCUAGCAACCCAACAUGGCAUCAUUUACUGCCUAGAAGUGGCCAAGUAUUAUGAUGAUCUCUCUGUAGAUACUGUUGAGAAGGAGUUAGAAAUGUUGCUCAGAGAUUUGAGCUUCAUCCCAGGUUUCAUCUUCACCAAAGAUGUAUCCUAUGUAGAUUUCCUUGAUAGGGUUCGAAGUGGAGAACUAAAGCUUCGUUCAAAAGGACUUUGGGACAUCCCUCACCCAUGGCUUAAUCUCUUUGUUCCCAAAUCUCAAAUCAUGGACUUCGAUGCAGGUGUUUUUAAGGGCAUCCUUCAACAAAGCCCAAAUUCCAGCGGACCCAUCCUUGUCUACCCUAUGAUUAAAAGCAAGUGGGAUGAUAAAAUGUCUGCAGUUACACCAGAUGAAGAUAUCUUCUACUCCAUUGGACUACUGCGAUCAAGUAGUUAUAACUGUAAGGAAGAUUAUGGUUUACAGUUGGAGAAUGAGAAUAGGAAGAUACUGGAGUUUUGUGAAGAGGCUGGGAUUAACGUGAAGCAAUAUCUUCCUAAUUACAAAACCAGGGAAGAGUGGAUGAAUCAUUUCGGCUCAAAAUGGGAGGUUUUCAAAGAAAGGAAGAACAAGUUUGAUCCAUUAGCAAUAUUGUCUCCAGGUCAAAGGAUUUUUAAUUUCUCACAGGGCCAAUAUUAAUGUGUCUUUUUUUUUUGGUGGUGGGGGGGGGGUGGGUGAUAGGGUUUGAAAAUAUCUCUACAGGUUUCAUGGGUCAGUAGUUCUUGUAGUUUUUGAUCUUUUAUGUGUGAAUCUGCAAAUAUCGUGACAAUGCAUAUAUCUUGUUGUCAUUAA